AUGUGGUCUAGCUUCCUUUCCCGGGCGCGUCCUACCCCUGAGAGAACACCCGCACCUGCAGUACAAUGCACGGUCGACACAUCGGAAGAUGUAGCUGUAUCUGUGGAAGACAGACAUGUCGAUAUUUCGGAGUUGCAGCCGACGAUUGUUCUGGACGAUAGUGGUGACGCCACACUAUUGGUCGGUACGGAUUCAGCUGCUCUUCAGCCGGUCCAGGUGUCUUCGACGGCUAUGACCCUGGCCAGCCCGGUAUGGAAAGACAUGUUCGAAAAACACCGGAAAGCAAACGGAGCUAUCGAGGUACCUCUGCGAGAUGAUGAAGUAGAUGCAUUGUACAUUGCACUUCGGAUAGCUCAUCUGCGCUUUCAUGAAAUACCUCGGAAGGAUGGGCUUACUAUCGACGCCCUGCUUGAACUCGCAGUCGUGUGUGCCAGAUACGAUAUUGUAAAGCUGGUUCGGCCAUUCUUGGACCUUUACGGCUGGGCCCAAUGCCAUUAUCCUGACACGGAUGCUGGAGAGCGAUGCGACCCUGCCUGGUUCUACGUUGCUUGGACCUUUGGGUACAAAGACAGCUUCCAGCGCCUUACCCGGUUCAUAGUGAAGAAGAUUGGACUAGAUGAGGACGGCAAUGCCAUUAUGGACGAUGGCCAGAAACUUCCAAAGUAUAUGCCGCCAGGACUUCUCGUGCGGUUCGUGUCGGUACAUAAACCUCGAUGGUCUACAAUAUUUCCAAGCUUCAAGGUUGACAAGCUUGCCAUGCGUCCAACCAUUUCUUCCGCAGCCGUCGUGCUGCUGUUAUCUGCCGCGCCUGUCUUGGCUCAAUUUCCUGCGGAACCAGUUGGCCUCAAGGUGUUAGAAUCGCGCUUUGGAGAUGGCGUAAAGAUUACCUACAAAGAGAAUUCGCUCUGCGAAACUACGCCUGGUGUGAAGUCUUUCUCUGGUCACGUCUACUUGCCUCCAGGAACUGCAGACCUGGGACAAGGGCAGGAUUAUCCAAUCAACAGCUUCUUCUGGUUCUUUGAAGCUCGCGAGGAUCCUGCAAAUGCGCCACUUACGAUUUGGUUGAAUGGAGGUCCCGGGUCUUCAUCCAUGUACGGCAUCUUGGAAGAGAAUGGACCAUGCUAUGCGAACCCAGACUCAAACUCCACUCGACCGGCAGAGUGGAGCUGGAACAGAGCUUCGAACAUGCUCUAUUUCGACCAACCAGUUCAGGUUGGCUUUUCUUAUGACACCUUACAAAACAUCACUCGAGACCUCGUUACUGGAGAGGUCACACUUCUCAACGAGACUACACCCGUGCCUGAACAAAACACCACUUUGCUCACUGGAACUUUCCCUAGUCGAGAGGCAAAUAAUACUGCUUUCGGUAGUGUCAACGGUGCCGUCGCAGCAUGGGAAUUUGCGCAGGCCUGGUUCCAAGAAUUUCCUCACUACUUGCCAAACGACACUCGCAUCAGUCUCGCAGCUCAAUCAUAUGGUGGACGCUACGGUCCCGCCAUGAUGUCUUUCUGGGAAGAGCAGAACCAGCGCAUCGAGAAUGGUACCCUUGGCGAAGAAGGCUACAUCAUGCAUCUUGACACCCUACUUCUCAUCUCAGGAUGCGUCGACCGCUACGUUCAGUACCCCUACUACCCCGAGCAAGCUUUUCGUGGGAACGGAUACGGGUUUGAAGCUGUCAAUGAAACGACAUACAACGCCAUGGUCGAAUCAGUCCCGGAGUGUCUCGAGCGUAUUCAGAACUGCCGUGACGCUGCGGCGCAAGAUGACCCCGAAAACCUUGGUAUCGAUGCAGGUGUCAACGAGAUUUGCGAAGACGCUGAAACUUACUGUCGCGCCAACAUCGUCACCCCAUACAACCAGUACGCAGGCCGCGAUUAUUAUGACAUCUCCACCCCCUCGCCGCCUCCAUUCCCCCCUCCUUUCCACGAAGGAUACUUGAAUCGCGAAUGGGUACAAGCCGAGCUUGGCGUCCCACUGAACUGGACCGGCAGCUCACCGCAAGCCUCCGCUGCAUACCGCGACAUUGGCGACUACCCUCGCGACAACUGGCUUGACGACCUCGGUUUCCUGCUCGACAACGGUAUCAAAGUCUCGCUCGUCUACGGAGACUUGGACUUCGCUUGUCCCUGGGGUGGCGGUGACGCUGUCGCCAAGGCAAUCAACUGGACUGGAUCUGCCGGCUACGCGUCAGCGCAAUAUGCUGAGAUCCAGACCAACGACUCCUAUGUUGGGGGUCUUGUGCGUCAAUACGGUAACCUCAGUUAUAUCCGCACAUACCAAGCUGGUCACGCGAUCCCUGCAUACCAGCCAGAAACCGCGUUUAAGAUCUUCUCGCGUGCGCUGUUCAAUCUUGAUAUUGCAACUGGAACUGAGUCAACGGCUGGAACGCAAGAGAGCAGCACGUACAUGAGCACCGGCCGUCCGGAUCCUAAUGUGCAGUUUGACGCCUUCACUAGCGAGAGACUGACGUACUGCUACACCUGGGAUUUGAGUUCUUGUACUGAAGAGACGGUCGACGCGGUUCUGGAUGGUUCGGCAGAGAUUUGCCAGUACCUGGUUGUCGACGCCAACACUACGCAACUUUUCCCAGAGGUUAUUGCGCAAUGUCGUGCGGGCAGUGGUGGGAAUGCUACGGCACCGGGCGAACAUAGUAACAGUACGUUGCCAGAAUUUGAAGGCGGUGCUGCGAGGGUCGGAGGACGUGCGUGGACGUUCUGGUCCGGAUUGGUCAUGUCGGUCGUCGUGAGCUUGACGCUCUAG